ACGUGGUAACCCCAAUGGCCUUGGGAAGAUGAACUAUGGGCCUCUCCAUGGCCUCCGCGGAUGCUUUAUUAGGGCUCUUCUAGUUGUUGUGCUUCGAUUUCUUGGUGCUCUCUUUAGUGGAUUUGGCGGUCGUUUUCCUCCUCUUAGUGCGGGUGAACGAUGCGCCGGGUGGGUGUCUUGACUUCUCAGGAGCCUUUUGCUGAGGUCUUUGUUAGAGAUUUUGUACCUAGUGGAUUGGCUUGCCUGAUGAAAAAAGAGAUGGAACCAGAAAUUGUGAAGAACUUCCUGUUAAGGACCCUUCAUCCCAAGGCUGGGAAAAGAGAAUCGAUAACUUCACUCUUGGAGAAGGAGUCAUGCCUGAGAGCUUCAAAGUCGGUUUUGACUUGCAAGACAAAAAGGAGAGACUAGUGGCGGAUUUUGGCGGCAGUGCGAUAGGAAGAGUCGCACCUGUUGAUUCAGGGUUCUGGUGGAUCAUACUUACAAAGUGCGCGCAUGAUUAUUCCCUUGCAGACCUGCCAGUUGUGCAGAAAGGAAUGAAGCUGAUACUUAUCCUUUGCCUAUCUUAUGGAUUUGACACAUUCCCAACGCUUCUUUGCGCAGAUGGUUGUAGCAUGAUUGAAAAAGAAUGGCGAGUUUUCUCA